UCGGCGCCAGGAGGGGCGGGCCCGCGCGAGCCACCAAACAUGGCGGAAAGUGCUCCCUCCGCGGCUCCGAGCCCGCGGGGCUGUGCGGACGGGGAGGACGCGGCGCCCCCGGAAGAGGCGACGGCAGAAAAGCCGAGAGAUGACCAGGAGCAGUUUGAGUGCCAGGAACUGCUCGAAUACCAGGUGCAGGUGGGGGACCCUGAGGAAGAAGAGGACGCGGGCGCGGUGGCCGAGGCCGAGGCGGUAGCUGCCGGCUGGAUGCUCGACUUCCUCUGCCUGUCGCUCUGCCGGGCCUUCCGCGACGGCCGCUCCGAGGACUUCCACCGGGCCCGCGACAGCGCCGAGGCUAUUAUUCAUGGACUGUCCAGUCUAACAGCUUAUCAACUGAGAACUAUACACAUAUGUCAAUUUUUGACAAGAAUCGCAGCAGGAAAAUCCCUCGAUGCACAAUUUGAAACUGAUGAACAAAUUACACCCUUGGAAUCAGCCCUAAUGAUUUGGGCUUCAAUGGAAACAGAACAUGACAAGCUUCAUGAAGAAAUACAGAAUUUAAUUAAAAUUCAGGCUAUAGCUGUUUGUAUGGAAAACGGCAAUUUUAAAGAAGCAGAAGAAGUCUUUGAAAGAAUAUUUGAUGACCCGAAUUCUUAUGAGCCUUUAAAAAGGAAAUUGCAUGUGAUAAUCUCUCAGAAAGACACGUUUCACUCCAUUUUUCAACACUUCACCUACAACCACAUGAUGGAGAAAAUUAAGAGUUAUGUGGAUUAUGUGAUAAACGAAAAAUCAUCAACCUUUCUUAUGAAGGCAGCAACAAAAGUAGCGGAAAGUAAAAGGUCAAGAACAAUUUCUCAAGAUAAACCUAAUGGUAACAAUAUUGAAAUGGAAACUGAAGCUCAUUUGGAUGUAGGAAAAAGUGACAAACAGCCUGCAGGAACUGAAUUCUCAGAGGAUACACUAUCCUUAUUAAGGUCUCACAAGAAUCUCUUUCUAUAUAAGUCAAAACAUGGAAGCCAACGACAGGAUUUUAAUAGGAAAGAAGAAAGAGUGGAAACUCUUCAAAGGGGAAGAAAGAAAAUAUUCAGACAAACCACUGACAACAAGAGAAGACCUGUUUUGAACAGUCAUCCAGUAACUUCUAAAAAAUCUCAAUCUAGGAAGAAACAGGCAUGGCUUUGGGAAGAAGACAAGAAUCUGAGAUCUGGUGUGAGGAAAUACGGAGAGGGAAACUGGUCUAAAAUACUGUUACAUUAUAAAUUCAACAACCGAACAGGCGUCAUGUUAAAAGACAGAUGGAGGACUAUGAAGAAGCUAAAACUGAUUUCCUCAGACAGUGAAGACUGAAUGUGUUUGUAAAAGCUUGAUGAAAAGACAAUUAAAUAUUUUGAUCACUGCAUUUUCUUUGAAACUUGGUGGUCAUUGAUGUAUCUUAAAAUUUUUGUCUAAAGCAUUACAGUAUCAUUAUGGUAUCACUUUAAUAAAAUGGAGAUUAUGCUGUAAGAAUAACAUUAGAUCCCGUCAUUGCAUUCUUUAAGAAUCUUUUUCCUUUGGUAAAAUGUAAAUUUGUUGAACCCUGGUGCUUUCAGUAACCCCAUCCCCAAAUCCUAUUCCAACUAAAAGGAAAAGAAAGCCUGGUAAAAGAAAAAUUAUAUUUAUUCCUAUUAACCUAUUCCAUGUCUGUAGGCUAACCUCACCUUUGUAAGACACAUUAAAGUUUCUCUAAGACUUGAUGAUGGCCUUAAUAGAUUAGUUACCAAUGCAUUUGUUUAUAGAAUGUUAUAUGUAUGAGGUAAUCCAUACAUAAGUAGUAACAUACUUAAGUUUUUCAUAUAGAGGAGAAAACUAAAAUAGUAAUACCCAUAGGAGGACAAAAUUUGUUGUAUCAAAUAGCGUCAUGUCUCAUUUAGGUACAUUUAACUUUCUAACAGUGUUAAAACUUUGACAAAGAUGGUUUUAUUUAUUUUUUUUUUAAUUUUUUUUUUAAUUUUUAUUUAUUUAUGAUAGUCACAGAGAGAGAAAGAGAGAGAGGCAGAAGCAGGCUCCAUGCACCGGGAGCCCGAUGUGGGAUUCGAUCCCGGGUCUCCAGGAUCGCGCCCUGGGCCAAAGGCAGGCGCCAAACCACUGCGCCACCCAGGGACCCCGACAAAGAUGGUUUUAAAUCUGCAUUAACCUGGUGCCAUAAAUACCAGUUUCUUUGAUUUUUUUUUUUUCUGUAUUUUCAUUUAAUACAUCAAUAUUGGGCUUAAGUAAUAUUCUAUAAAUGCUGCAGUUGGUAUUAACCAUGAUCAUUUUGAUGUCUGUGGUGAUUGUUAACUAAGGUUAAAUAACCACCCAUACCUUACUUAACAAUGUUGAAUAUUCAUCAAUAUUGUGUUCUUUAGAGAAUUUAGUCACAAACUAAGAAUUACUUAGCAUUUUGAGUUACAUGUGCUUUAUUUAAUGAGUGGAAAUACUGAAGUAUUGGCGUACAAAAGUUAAUUGUAAAUGGUAGUUUAUAAUUUAUAUUUCAUUUCUUAAUAAAGUUGCAUAUAUUACUUUC